GGGGCUGGCUAGCCGCCAUCUUGCUUCUUGUUCUCGCUUGCUCGCUUCCCUUUCGGGAAGGCGGAGAAAGUGCUCGGGCGUUUGUGCAUCGGCGGCGUCGGCUUUCCUCUGCGGCCGCGCGCGGAGCCCCCGGCCCCUUCCUUCGCUCAGAGCUCGCCUCGGCCUCCAAGCGCGCCAACCGGUGCAUCUUAAAGACUGGUUUUAAGGGGUGUGGCAGGAGGCUGUGGACUCGAUGAGUUUCUACUGAAAUGUCGGAGAAGUCAGGCCAGAGCACGAAAGCGAAGGAUGGGAAAAAAUAUGCGACACUCAGUUUGUUUAAUACUUACAAGGGAAAAUCAUUAGAAACUCAGAAAACUACAGUUGCAGCUCGACAUGGAUUACAAAGUCUUGGAAAAGUUGGUAUUUCAAGGCGCAUGCCUCCACCUGCUAAUCUCCCAAGUCUCAAAGCGGAAAACAAAGGCAACGAUCCUAAUGUGAACAUUGUACCUAAAGAUGGCUCAGGCUGGGCAUCAAAACAAGAGCCACACGAAGAAGAGAAAAUGCCAGAAGUGCCACCAGCACAGCCAAAACCUGGAGUUGCAGCUCCCCCAGAAGUAGCACCUGCUCCCAAGUCAUGGGCCAGUAACAAGCAAGGUGGGCAAGGAGAUGGAAUCCAAGUGAACAGUCAAUUUCAGCAAGAGUUUCCUAGCCUGCAGGCAGCUGGGGAUCAAGAAAAAAAAGAAAAAGAAUCGAAUGAUGACAGCUAUGGACCUGGACCCAGUUUACGCCCACCAAAUGUUGCUUGUUGGAGAGAUGGUGGCAAAUCUGCUGGUUCACCUUCAUCUGAUCAAGAUGAGAAGCUGCCUGGCCAGGAUGAUAGCACAAAUGGGACAUCGGAACAAAGUGACAUCCUCAAGGUUGUGGAAAAGAGGAUCGCUUGUGGCCCUCCACAGGCUAAACUGAAUGGACAGCCAGGUGGUCUUCCUUCUCAGUAUAGAGCCAUGAUGCCUCCUUAUAUGUUUCAGCAGUAUCCAAGGAUGGCAUAUCCUCCUCUACAUGGCCCGAUGAGAUUUCCCCCAUCUUUGUCUGAAACAAACAAAGGCCUUCGAGGCAGAGGCCCACCUCCCUCCUGGGCCUCUGAGCCUGAGCGCCCGUCCAUCCUUAGUGCGUCAGAACUGAAGGAGCUUGAUAAGUUUGAUAACCUGGAUGCUGAAGCGGACGAAGGCUGGGCAGGUGCUCAGAUGGAAGUAGAUUAUACAGAACAGCUGAAUUUCAGCGAUGAUGAUGAACAAGGAAGUAGUAGUCCUAAGGAGAACAGCAGUGAAGAGCAAGGGCCGAAAUCCUCAGAAAACACUGAAAAUCGUAAAGAAGCAGAUGAAGGUUGCAGCCCUAAACCGUCUCAGGCAGCUGCCCAGUUGCCAGCCACGAAGGGUUCCUAUGGAAAAGCACCUCCCUCUAAUCAGGAGCGUGGACUAUCUUCACAUCUACCACCACCUCCAAAGUUGCUUGCACAGCAGCAUCCCCCUCCAGAUAGGCAGGCAGUACCUGGAAGACCAGGCCCUUUUCCCCCUAAGCAGCAAGUGCCUGAUGAGGGUGAAAUCUGGAAGCAAAGGCGAAGACAACAGUCAGAAAUUUCCGCUGCAGUGGAACGUGCGCGGAAACGGCGUGAAGAGGAAGAACGACGGAUGGAGGAGCAGAGGAAGGCAGCGUGUGCGGAGAAGCUGAAACGCCUGGAUGAGAAGCGUGCCAUCGUGGAAAAACAACCACCUCCUGAGGAACUUAGGGAAAGGGAGCGAGAGAAAGAGCUUGAAAGAGAACAAGAACAAGAGCGAGAGAAAGAGAGAGAAAAGGAGAGGCAGCAGGAAAAAGAGAGAGAGCUGGAGAAGGAGCAGGAAAAGCAAAAAGAAACGGAGAAGGAAAGAAAACAAGAGAAAGAGAAAGAACUAGAAUGGCGAAGAGAAAAGGAAAAAGACCUAGAGAAAAUGAAAGAACAGGAAAAGAAAUGUGAAUUGGAGAAGGAAAAAGAGAAAGUAGAGGAAAAAACAGAGCUCAAAGAGUCUACAAUAGAGCCUGUGGUAGAAAAACAAGAAAAUGAAAACAUCUGUAAUAAAGAGGAGGAGCCGUUACUCAGUAAACAAAGCAGCAGUCGCAGUGAGAAGGAGCCGGCGCCAGCGGCUCAGGAGGCAGAAGCAGAAUCAGGCUCCCAGCCUCGGCCGGCAGUGCUGCCUGGCCAUUUCAAGCAGUUUCAGAAAUCUUUGCCACCACGAUUUCAGCGACAGCAGGAGCAGAUGAAGCAGCAGCAGUGGCAGCAGCAGCAGCAGCAGCAGCAGCAGCAGCAAGGCGUCCUCCCACAAACCGUUUCUUCGCAGCCCUCCAGUGGCGCCGUCCCUCCUCCAGCACACAGGCCUCUUUAUCAGGCCAUGCAGCCUCACCCUCAACAUUUGGCAUCUAUGGGUUUUGAUCCAAGGUGGCUCAUGAUGCAGUCCUAUAUGGAUCCCCGAAUGAUGUCUGGAAGACCUGCAAUGGAUAUUGCACCCAUUCAUCCUGGAAUGAUUCCUCCAAAGCCAUUAAUGAGAAGAGACCAGAUGGAAGGCUCAGCCAACAAUUCUGAAUCAUUUGAGCACAUGGCUAGGUCUCCAAGAGAUCACGCCACUUCCCUUUCUGAGCCUCGUGUGAUGUGGGGGUCUGAGCCGUAUCCGCAGGCUGAGCCUCCGCAGGGAAGCCCGCCCACGGCAGCAGGGGAGUCUGAGAGUGGAAGGCCUGAAGCUACACAAGACCAGGAACAGAUCACUGCUGUUUACCCUGGAGAGCACAGUCACUCAGAGUCUCAUCCAAAAGCGGAUGUUGUCGGAGAGUCAAAUGAAACAGAAACACAGAAGUCUUUAAGCAGAUCUGUGGAAGACAUUAGACUUCAUCAUACUGAUGCAAGUGAUCAGUCUGUGGAUCCGAAGACUUUAUCCACUCCUCCAGAAGAUCGGGUUUCAGCUGUAGAAAGUCAGCCCACCCGGAAACGAAGUGUUUCCCAUGGAUCUAACCAUACUCAGAAGCCAGAAGAGCAAAGAAGUGAGCCGUCUGUAAGCAUUCCUAAAGCAAGUAUCAGAUGUAUUGAUUCAAAAGAACCAGCAGAAAGGCCAGAGGAUAAACCAAGGAAGGAGGGCUUCAUUCGCUCUUCUGAAGGACCAAAACCUGAAAAACUAUAUAAAUCUAAAUCAGAAACUCGUUGGGGUCCCAGGCCUAAUUCCAGUAGAAGGGAAGAAGGCACUGAUAGGCCAGUAAGAAGAUCGGGCCCCAUUAAAAAACCUGUACUUAGGGACAUGAAAGAAGAGCGAGAGCUAAGGAAGGAGAAAGAAGGAGAAAAGGUGGAAAAGGGCCUUGAAAAAGUGAUAAAAGUGGAAAAGACAGAAAAAAAGGACCUUCCUCCUCCACUCCCACCAGCACCAGUUCAACCACAGUCAGUUACACCCCCGACUCAACCAGAACCUGAAAAAUGUUCUUCCACUGAAAUUUCAGCUUCGACUCAGAAAGCAUCCCAAGACAUCGAGAAACCUUUGGAGCCUGUGAGCAGUGUUCAAGUAGAGCCUGCAGUUAAAACUGUGAACCAACAAAAUGCAGCACCAGUAGUCCGAGAAGAAAAGCAGCCUGAGAAAAUCGUCAGCAAAGAGGCUGUUGUAGAGAGACCUCGACCAGAUUCAAGACCUGUAGUUAGAAAAGAAUCAGCUCUGCCACCCAGGACAUACUGGAAAGAAGCUCGAGAGAGAGACUGGUUUCCAGACCAAGGGUACAGAGGUAGAGGCCGAGGUGAAUAUUACUCCCGAGGUCGAAGCUAUCGAGGCUCCUAUGGUGGACGUGGCAGGGGUGGCCGAGGACACACUCGGGAUUAUCCUCCAUAUAGAGACAGUAAGCCAAGAACAGAGCAUGUGCCCUCAGGGCCUCUGAGACCACGAGAGGAAAGUGAAACACGGAGUGAGAGCUCUGAUUUUGAAAUUGUCCCCAAAAGAAGACGUCAGCGGGGUUCAGAGACUGACACAGACAGUGAGGUUCAUGAAAGUGCAAGCGACAAGGAUAGUUUGAGCAAAGGUAAACUUCCUAAAAGAGAGGAGAGGUCUGAAAACAAAAAACCUAUAAAGCCUCCUCAGUCCUCUUUCAAGCCAGAAAGUAAUGUCCGUUUAGAUAAUAGGCUGCCAGAGAAGCCUUGUGUGAGAGAAGAUGAUAAAUCUAAACCAAGCUUCCUUCCUAAAGGGGAGCCUACAAGGCGUGGCAGAGGAGGAACUUUCAGACGUGGUGGACGGGAUCCUGGAGCUCGUCCGUCACGCCCUUCUACCUUACGCAGACCUGCUUAUCGGGACAAUCAGUGGAACCCCAGACAAGCAGAAGCUCCUAAACCAGAAGAUGGAGAACAGCCAAGAAGACAUGAACAGUUUAUUCCUAUUCCAGCUGAUAAACGACCUCCAAAGUUUGACCGAAAGUUUGACCCUGCUAGAGAGAGGCCCCGCAGGCAGCGUCCUACCCGACCACCAAGGCAAGAUAAGCCUCCUCGCUUUAGAAGACUAAGAGAGAAGGAGGCUGCUUCAAAGACAAAUGACAGAUCAGUGUCCACAAGUGGAACAGUUAGUAAUGCGGUUCUAGAACCAGUAAAUACUACUGGAGAUACUUCUGGAACUAAGACACCAGACUUAUCUAACCAGAAUUCUUCAGAUCAAGCAAAUGAAGAAUGGGAAACAGCUUCUGAAAGCAGUGAUUUCAAUGAGAGGCGAGAGAGAGAUGAAAAAAAAAAUGCUGAUUUGAUUGCACAAGCCAUUGUAAAAGCAGGAGAUAAUGGUUUGCCUCCAAAGAGAGAGAUAGCCAAGAGGAGUUUCUCUAGUCAGAGGCCUGGAGUAGAUCGCCAGAAUCGACGUGGCAACAGUGGUCCACCCAAAUCGGGAAGAAAUUUCUCUGGUCCUAGGAAUGAAAAAAGAAGUGGCCCACCAUCAAAAAGUGGGAAGAAAGGACCAUUUGAUGACCAGUCUGCAAGCAGUGCAGGUGUUGAUUCUGUCAAUGGCGGCUCUUCACACCACCAGGAAGGAACAGUUAAUGGGACAGGACAAAAGAAUUCCAAAGAGUCUACUGGAAAAAAAAGAGAAGAUCCCAAACCAGGUCCCAAAAAACCAAAAGAGAAAGUAGAUGCCCUGUCACAGUUUGAUCUCAACAAUUAUGCAAGUGUUGUUAUAAUUGAUGAUCAUCCAGAAGUAACAGUUGUUGAAGACCCCCAGUCAAAUCUGAAUGAUGAUGGUUUUACUGAAGUAGUAUCCAAAAAGCAACAGAAACGUUUACAGGAUGAGGAACGGAGGAAGAAAGAAGAACAAGUUAUACAGGUCUGGAACAAAAAGAAUGCAAAUGAAAAAGGAAGAAGUCAGACUUCUAAGCUUCCUCCAAGAUUUGCCAAAAAGCAAGUAGCCGGGACUCAACAAGUACCAUCUCCAGCCUCAGCUCCAGUCCCAGCCCCAACUGUGGUUCCCACACCUGUGUCACCUGCAGCUCCAACUCCGGCCUCAACUUCAGCUCCAGUUUUAACCUCAACAUCAUCUCCAGUUCCAGCCUCAGUUUCCGUUCCAGCCUCUACUUCAGCCACAGCCACAGCCACAGCCACAGCCACAGUCUCUUCUUCAACUCCGGCCUCAGUGUCAGCCCCAGCUCCAACCACUGUAGUUGCCUCUACUUCAGCUCCGGCUCCUAUCCCUAUUCUUACCUCUGCCUCAGUUCCCAUCCUUGCUUCAGCCCUAGCACCAACUUCAGCUUCAACUACCCUCUCAACCCCGCCUCUACCAGCCAUCACAACUCCUGCACCUGUCUCUGUACCGACUGCCUCAGUCUCACUUACCCCAGCCUCGUCCUCCGCCCAAGCCUCCACUACUCCAGCCCAGACUCAGACACAGACCCACAGACCAACCCAGAAUCCAGUGCAAACAACACAGUCUUCAAAACAGCCACCACCUUCGCUUAGGCUGCCUUCAGCUCAGACACCUAAUGGCACGGAUCAUGUCAACCCCGGAAAAUCCAUCCAGACUGCACAAUCACAUGGCGCCCUUGCAGCUGAAUUAUGGGAUAAUAAGGUAGCCCCACCUGCUGUCCUGAAUGACAUCUCUAAGAAAUUAGGUCCCAUUAGCCCACCACAGCCACCUUCAGUCAGUGCAUGGAAUAAACCCCUAACAUCAUUUGGAUCAACUUCAUCAGAGGGAACAAAAAGUCGAGAGAGUGGAGUUGAAAUUGGAAUUGACACAAUCCAGUUUGGAGCUCCAGCUUCAAAUGGGAAUGAAAAUGAAAUUGUUCCUGUGCUUUCGGAAAAAUCUGAAAAAGUACCUGAACCAAAAGAACAACGACAGAAGCAGCCGCGGGCAGGACCUAUUAAAGCCCAGAAGCUUCCAGAUUUGAGUCCUGUAGAAAACAAAGAACAUAAACCUGGUCCUAUUGGAAAGGAGCGUUCCUUAAAAAAUAGAAAAGUAAAAGAUGCCCAACAGGUGGAGCCAGAAGGACAGGAGAAGCCUAACUCUGCCACCAUCAGAAGCACAGAUCCUUCCACAAACAAGGAAAGCAAAGCCGUCCCAGAAAUGUCUGCUGAUAUAGGGACCAUGAUCUCUGUGUCAUCUGCAGAAUACAGCGCCAAUGCAAAGGAGUCUGUAACAGACUAUACCACACCUUCCUCUCUGCCUAACACUGUGGCUACUAACACUGCAAAGAUGGAGGAUACUUUGGUUAAUAAUGUGCCCCUGCCCAACACUCUUCCCCUCCCUAAGAGGGAGACUAUUCAGCAGAGCUCCAGCCUCACUUCAGUCCCUCCCACUACUUUCAGCCUCACCUUCAAGAUGGAGUCUGCACGCAAGGCGUGGGAGAAUUCUCCAAAUGUAAGGGAAAAGGGCUCUCCAGUGACCUCCGCAGCACCACCAAUUGCAAGUGGAGUCAGCAGCAGUGCCAGUGGACCAAGCACUGCUACUUACAAUUCGUUCUCGAGCGCAUCGAUGGCUCAAAUCCCUGUCGCUUCAGUCACUCCUACGACAUCACUAUCAGGAGCUGGUACUUACACUACCUCUUCUCUGAGUACCAAAUCGGCAACAACUUCGGAUCCUCCUAAUAUUUGUAAAGUGAAACCCCAACAAUUACAGACGAGCACCCUGCCCUCUGCAAGUCAUUUUUCACAGUUGAGCUGUAUGCCUUCCCUUAUUGCCCAGCAGCAACAGAGUCCACAAGUCUAUGUGUCUCAGUCUGCAGCAGCUCAAAUACCAGCUUUCUAUAUGGACACAAGUCAUUUAUUCGGUACACAGCAUGCACGAUUAGCUCCACCAUCCUUGGCUCAGCAACAAGGCUUCCAACCAGGCCUCUCUCAGCCAGCAUCAGUUCAGCAGAUUCCAAUUCCUAUUUAUGCACCACUGCAAGGGCAGCAUCAAGCCCAACUGAGUUUGGGGGCUGGACCUGCUGUGACCCAGGCUCAGGAAUUAUUUACUUCUUCGCUUCAACCGUAUCGAUCGCAGCCAGCCUUCAUGCAGAGCGGCCUGUCCCAACCGUCUGUGGUCCUUUCUGGUACUGCUAUCCACAACUUUCCAACUGUCCAGCACCAGGAACUUGCCAAGGCACAAUCAGGUCUUGCCUUUCAACAGACUUCAAAUACUCAGCCAAUUCCUAUAUUGUAUGAACAUCAGCUAGGACAGGCAUCAGGACUUGGCGGUUCCCAGCUGAUUGAUACCCAUCUUCUCCAGGCUAGAGCAAAUCUUACCCAGGCCUCAAAUCUUUAUUCUGGACAAGUACAACAGCCUGGUCAAACAAAUUUUUAUAACACUGCCCAGUCACCGAGUGCUCUCCAGCAGGUAAACUAUGGCAUGGUUACGGUCCCUUUACCAGCAUCUCAGCUUUCCUUGCCUAACUUUGGGUCUACAGGGCAGCCCCUGAUUGCUUUGCCUCAGACUCUCCAGCCCCCAUUACAGCAUAGCACUCCCCAGGCACAGGCGCAGAGCCUGAGCCGGCCUGCACAAGUAAGCCAGCCUUUCAGAGGAUUAAUCCCCGCUGGAACACAGCACAGCAUGCUCGCAACCGCAGGAAAAAUGUCUGAAAUGGAACUGAAAGCCUUUGGAAGUGGCAUUGAUAUGAAACCAGGCACACCUCCAAUCGGUGGCAGAAGCACAACACCAACUUCUAGUCCCUUCCGGGCUACUUCCACAAGUCCGAACAGCCAGUCCAGCAAAAUGAACAGCAUUGUCUAUCAGAAGCAGUUCCAAUCAGCCCCUCCCACUGUGCGAAUGACACAGCCGUUCCCUACACAGUUUGCACCCCAGAUACUCUCUCAGCCUAACCUGGUCCCUCCAUUGGUAAGAGCCCCACAUACUAACACCUUCCCAGCGCCUGUUCAGAGGCCACCAAUGGCACUGGCCAGUCAGAUGCCUCCUCCGCUGACCACAGGCCUCAUGAGCCAUGCUCGUUUGCCACAUGUAGCCAGGGGUCCUUGUGGAUCACUAUCUGGAGUCAGAGGUAAUCAGGCCCAGGCUGCGUUGAAGGCUGAACAAGACAUGAAGGCAAAGCAAAGAGCAGAGGUUCUUCAGUCCACGCAGCGGUUCUUCUCUGAACAGCAACAGAGCAAACAGAUAGGAGGCAAAGCCCAGAAAGUGGACAGUGAUUCGAGUAAACCUCCUGAAACACUGGCUGACCCUUCUGGGGUCUGUCAGGACAAAAUAGAAGAGAAGCCAUCCCCUGCACCCACCAUAGCCUCUAAACCUGUUAGAACUGGACCAAUCAAACCUCAGGCCAUCAAAACAGAAGAAACAAAAUCUUAAAGGCUGUGGGUUAUUGCAGGGAUUGGGGAGGGCGGGGGGAGCAGGGAGAAUGAAGUCUGAUGAUGCCUGUGACAUUAUCGUGUCUAGAGUCUGUGGAGUGCACAAGGGACAGAGGAGCGGCUCACACAGCUCCUGCACCCGUAGGAACGAGGCUUUGCAAGCUUUCCCCUUCUGUGUAACAUGUGCUUGGUUGAUGACCGUGCAGCUCCGGUCAAAUUUAUAUACAAAUAUUUGCACAAGUUUCUCAAGUGCAUACAAUCUAGACCUAACAGUCCUUAAUGGUCAGGCAAAACUACAGAAUUCAGAGGAAAACAGCACUGCAGAGGAAUAGUUGGGCCUGAACAAUGUGGUGGUCCCAGCCAAAACAUGAGAUGUGGCUUCUUUGCUGCCUUCUGUUCUUUGGAUAUGAUUAUGGCAUUGAUUGGCUUGCAGGCAAAGAACUGAAGAUGACUGGUGCUGGGUAGAGGAGCCUUAUUUUUUUAUUAUGGCAGCUUUGCUAUUUUUGUAACGUGAUUGAGUUGACUACAAUCAAAGUACAGUGGUAACCGAUCUCCCCUUCUUCCCGGAUGAGUGAGCAGGUGGUGUAAUAUUGAUGUCAGCAUCCUUGAACCUGCCAAAUGAACCAUGUUUGGCGACUGCUUCUGAUUCAAGUGGUGCUGUGUGUUGCUUGUGAUCCAAAGCUUUGAAAUGCUAUUUUGGCAUCUCCUUUUUGUCCAUGGAGCUCUCAACAUUCAAAUGUGUAAAAUACGAGUUAGGUUGGAUCUUGCUUGCCUCCUCUCCAGCAUCUUCCUAUGAAUCAUUUUUUUCCCGUUUUUUUAACGGUUUUGGUUUUC